GGCUAUGGCGCUGCAUGGGUAUAGGCCCGGGUACUGGUAUCACCAGGCCCGCUGGAAGCCCAUGUCCAGGGAAGGGCCCUGGAUCACCGUUAUACUCAACUACGACGGUGGAGAUGAAGUGCUACUGAAGAUCAACGUGGAGGGAGCAAAAGAGGUGGAGAUGCGGACCGAUGGAAAGCUGCAAGAUGCGAUUACAAAGGCAAGGGAUCGAGCGGAGAGACGCUGUAGGAGGGACGGUGUGACGGCGAGACUACGGAUAACGGUGACCUACCAAGAGACAGAAACUUUGAUGGACACGGUGGACCUGGAGCAGGCCCACCAGGACAGGGACUCAGGUGGGGAGAGUGAGAUGAGUGAAGCAGAAGAUCGGGAAACGGACCUCAGGUCCUGGAACAGACCAGGCGAGAUCCAGAGGCAUCACCGAGCCGUGAAGCCAAUAGAAGAGGGACCUGAGGCAAGCUCGCAACAACUGACGCCGAGGGGCCGCGGGACGGGAGAGAAGCAGAACAAGCGAAAAAGACAUAUGUGAGAAGGGCGCAACAGGUUUUUUUGGGCCAGUUGUGAGACACGAGGGCUGGCUCUCGAGGCUGAUACACGUG